GAGAUCACAGUACACAUGUUCAAGCAUUUGUAACGAUUAAAAUGAAUUUCUCAAGAAAAGUCGAGGACAAAAUUUCGAGCGUUUUCGCUAGUUACGGAAGAGCCUUGGCUAUAUACCCAUGUACUGCAAUUAUAACAUGCGUCCUGCUUAACGGACUUCUCGGUGUUAACAUCCAGUGGAUGACAUCAGAUUCUGAUAUAGUGAGAGUUUAUACACCAAGCAACAGCCAGGCAGACCAGGAUAGAGACCAACUUGUGUCCGUUUUUCCGGAUUCCUCGGGAAUAAACUUCUAUAGACAAAGCAUGGAUAAUCUUGGCUUAUUUGGAGAAUUAAUCAUUAUACCUCGUGAUGGGAUGAAUGUUCUGGAUAGAAAAUAUCAAAGGGAUAUCGAAAAUAUCGUUGAAACGGUACGGGCUACGUUCGUUACAGAUAUUGACGAUACGACAUUUAAAUAUGACGAUCUUUGUGCAAGGCGAAAUGACAGAUGCGUCAUUGAUGGUGAUUUUCUAUUGGGGUCUGUAUUUUGGGGAAAACUGGAAAACGGGGGCAUCACGAGAAGGAUAUUUGAACAAGAGGGCUAUUCCCUUGUGAUAGGACCCCCAACAUUUGUGAAUGAAAGUCUGCAAUCUGCAACUGCAUUGAAAAUCCGGUUCAAUUUGCGACAAGAUUCUAGGACAUUUAAUGAACUAUCAGCAAAAUGGGAAAAACAGUUUUUAGAAACCUCUAGAGGUAUUCAAUUGAAUGAUUCGGAAAUUGCUUACCAGAUAUCAGAUUCUUUAAACAUUGAACUUGAUGCCAACACAGGGAGCGAUAUCGUCUAUUUUUCUUUAACUUUCACGCUGAUGAUCACCUAUGCGUCUUUUGUCGCGUCAGGAGGAAACUGUGUAUCUCAACGGGGUCAUUUAGGCCGUGCAGGGGUUAUCUCAGCAGGAUUAGCAAUACUUGGAGCAUUCGGUCUCAUGUCCGUACUUCACGUCGACUUUGUCAACAUUGUUGGAGUCAUGCCUUUUCUUAUUAUUGGAAUUGGUGUAGAUGACAUGUUCAUCAUGAUGUCCGGACUCGCUGACGCUGACCAAUCCGCGGAAAUAGAAGACAAAAUUGCCUUUGUCAUGAAAACCAGUGGAAUCGCAAUAACAAUCACGUCUCUGACUAAUUUCAUCGCCUUCGUCGUCGGAAUCACAUCGGUAUUUAAAAGUGUCCGAAACUUUUGUUUAUUUACAGCAAGCGCUGUAGGAUUUUGCUAUUUCAACCAAAUUACAUUCUUUCUGGGGUGCAUGGUUCUACAUGAAAGAAGAGUAGCGGCAAACAGACAUUGUGUUACAUGUGUACCUGUAAAAUUCCCGGAUGAGAAGAAUUCUACCUCUGAAUCUAUUGCUAAACGAAUGUGUUGUACAGGGUCGCCGGCUGUGUCCAGAAAUGAGCAAGAAAGUAUGUUUGAGAAAGUUCCGCGUCUGGUUAUACCAAGGGUGUUAGUUAGUUUACCGGCAAAGUUGAUAACAGUUAUGUUGUACUUAACAUAUCUUGCCUUUUCUAUAAUAGGAGUAACACGUUUACACCAAGGUUUGAUUUUGCAGAAUUUGGUGUCGGAAAAUUCGUAUUUUCAUCGGUUUAGUAAUUGGGACUUUGAGUAUUUCCCUUUAAAAUACCCAUUAUCCUUUGCUGUACCAACACCCCUCAACUAUUCUUCAGUUAAAAUUUCCGACGACAUACAAUCACUAUUAACAACUGGUAGAAAACAAAUCGAAGUGGAGGACAGUUUUGAAUUGAACUGGCUCAAAUCUUACCAACAAUCUUCUUAUUUCACAAAUAAGUCAGAAUCUGCAUUUGUAAACGGACUCAAGCAUUUUCUGAACAACACAAAUGUUUUUAAAAAUGAUGUCGUUUUCAAUGACGAAAAGGAUUUGAUUAAAGCGUCGCGAUUUCAUGUCAUGUCAACAAGUAUCAAAGACACUUCCAGGCAAGGAAAACUGAUGUUGCGCAUGCGCGAAAUAGCAGACGAUUCAAGCAUUCCUUGUUUCGCAUUUUCGCCAGCAUUCAUAUUCUUUGAACAGUAUGUCUCUGUACUACCGAGUACUCUCCAGACAGUCGGCAUUGCUGUAGUCGCCGUUUUUGUUGUUGCCUGUGUAUUGAUGCCAAACCCUUUUCUCAUACUUUGCAUAACGAUCUCUCUCGCCUCAAUCAUCACAGGGGUGCUGGGGUUUAUGCAUUUCUGGGGGUUGUCUCUUAGUUCCAUAACUAUGAUCCAUGUAAUCAUGAGUGUUGGCUUUUCGGUCGAUUUCAGUGCGCAUAUCUGCCACGCCUUUCUAACGUCAGAGGGUCCCGAUAAGAAUGCUAGGGUGAGUAAAGCAUUAGAAAUUACUGCAGGGCCUGUUUUCAAUAGUUCAGUAUCCUCUGUCAUCGGAAUAGUGAUGCUCACAUUAUCAGACUCCUACGUGUUCAUAUCCUUUUUCAGAGUGAUGCUGCUUGUCAUUUUGUUUGGCCUCUUCCAUGGAAUGUUUGUUUUACCAGUUGUUCUGUCCCUGAUUGGACCACACAAACAAAUACUUGACAAUGUCAGUCUUUUUAAAAGGAAAAGCAAAAAGAUAGAAGAAGCAAUAGGAAACUACAACCAUGCAUAUCAACCCGACAGUUAAACAAUGAAAACACAGUUGUAGAUAGGAUAGUUUAUAGUAAUCGCUAUAACAGGGCUUCAUUGUAAUUAGUAAUAAGUAUAAAGUAAUUCAUAGUAAUUUAUAGAUAAUGCUAUAAAGUAAUUACUAAUCAUUAAGGCUAAGUUUGUUUUGAAUACAAACAGGAAUUGAAAACCAAUUUUGCGAGCUUUCGAAAACGUCUGAUUCCUUUGUCAAGCAAAGAGUGCAAAUGACCGGUGUCUCGACUCUGAACCUCAGAAACCUAAUUGUUACUUAUCUAGAGUAGCUUAUAGAUAGCGCUUUAUAGUAAUUAGUAGUAAGUAAGUAAUAACUGUUUGUGAUUGCGAUAAUGACAAUAUAUAUAGUACAGCAAUGAUAACUUAUUCUUUGUGUAUUUGUAUUGUCGGUAUAUAU